AUGGCUCGCAACGGGGUCAUGCAGAGAGAUCCAUGGCCAAAUGUGCUAGACGAGGUGACCAAGACCCGAGACCUGGUCGUCAAGGGGAAGCACUUUAGCCUAUCGACCGUGCUAGAUAAAAGUCAGGAAUGGCUGAAGGCGCACGGGGGGCAGUUCGACUUUGUGGAUUCAGAUAAUGGGCAUAUGGGAAUCGCAGCGAAGGAGUGCGGCGUCAGGUAUGGGUAUCUGCAUAUUAUUUCGGAUAAUUUGGCGAAGAAGUAUGCCUAUGAACUGUCGAAUGAGCGCUUGCAGAAAGUACAAAUGGGUCGAAAGAGGCUGAUUCGGGAAAUGAAGGAGGUUCUUGUUGAGUUCUUUAUAAUUCUUCACCGAGAAUUAUCUGCUCUAUCCCUGUAUAACUACUCGUAA